AUGGAAAACUUCGAAGACGAAAUGAUUGAACACUCUAACUAUGACAACAACGAAGUAAUUGAGCAGAAAUUUACCGAAGCCAUAGAAACUUUGUCGUCUGUUACAGAACAGGCUGAGGGGGUUAGUUACAACAAUGAUUCAGGGACUAACCAAAAUCGACGUGCUUCUAUUGCAGUAUCACGUUUUAAUAGUAUGAUAGACCCUAAUACUUUAGGCUCGUGGAUAAGUAAUGGCAUUGGAUAUGGUAGUCAGGCGGUUAAGACUAAAAGACGCGCUACUAUGAUAGAUCAUAAUAGUGUAAAAAGUGGUUUUGUGUCAUUACGUGCCCCUGAUGGUGUAGACUUAUCAAUGUUUAAUGAAGAAGUUAGUGAUGCUGAUUUACCUCAGGAAUUCGAAAAUUUUCUGACAUAUCAACAAAAGAACUUUUUAAAUGUUGCACAAGAUUACGAUACUAUGUCUGAUAUGUCUGGUAAAAUACAAAUACGUGAUUUUGAUGUAGCUUCCGCUACAAGUACCGCUAGUGAAAAUGAUUACGCAGAACAAAAGCCAAAUAAUCGGCUUUCAUUGUCUUAUUGGCUUUAUAAUACAGAGCAAAAUCGCUCUUCGUCACCACCAUUAACAAAUAUACCCGAACAGACAAGGCCGGUUGUUCAAUCGACUUCUCAAAAUCGCUCAAGUGGAUUAUUUGGUUCUUUGUUAUAUUUAUAUCCUUCGGCUGGAAAUUCAACAAAAUUACAGGAUACACCUGAAUUCUAUAUCGAAAAAUUAACACAAAAGAAUGUUGCACCUAAGUUGUUAGCAGAUACUUUAUUAUCUUUACGAAUAACCUUGUCUUCGGCAAAGUUAUCUUGGUUAAGAGAGUUUUUAGAAAAUAAGGGAUUAUUGGUGCUGGAUUCUAUCCUUGAGAGACAUACUAUUCGGGAUAAGAAGAGUACAGCUAGAAAUUCUGACCAAGACGAUCGAAUACAGUCACAAUGUAUUCGAUGUUUAAGAACAUUGAUGAAUACUGAGGCAAGCUUACAUCAUUCUCUUAUAUCCAUUGUUUUUUGUCUUCACACUACUAAUAACAAAUUACGUUCUCAAGUGGCUGAUGUAUUGGCAGCGUUAUGUGUGCUCUCCUUGGAUGGACAUAAAUUAGUUGUUGGAUCUUUCACGGAAUUUCGUGUAAUUCAUGAGGAAAAAUUCCGGUUUCAAUAUUUAGUUGAAAGCUUGAGAAGAAAUGAAGAAGAAGAUAGUACUUCUAUUGAAUAUAAAGCUGCUGGACUAAGUUUAAUUAACGCGAUCGUGAAUUCUCCUGAUAUUAUCGAGGAGCGCAUUCUUUUAAGAGAGGAAUUUGAAAGGAGAGGAAUUGAUGAUGUUUUUAAGGUUAUCAAAGAUUCUGACCCUCCUGAAUCUGUAUUAAAGCAAAUUGAGGUUUAUCAAGAGGAGCGUCAAGAAGAUUUAGAUGAACUUUAUGAGAAAGCCCAUGAAAUUGUAAGAGAUAAUAAGAACCCACUUUCAAUAGUUGCUGGAUUACUUCAACAAUUGGAAAGUGACAGAAAUUUACAUCGUCGUGUUAUUGAGACACUUAAAAAUUUAUUAAGGAUUUCAUGUAAAAGCACUGGAGAGAGGUAUCAAAACGAGAUAUGGACUUUGCUUGAGCAAUUUAUAGAGCAAAUCCUUUCUUUAAAUAAUCUAGGGCAAGAAUGGCCAAAGUUUAUGAAUGAAUAUCACUCAUCCAUACAGCAUAUUGUCGGAAAAUAUUCUUUAGUUAGUGGUAAUGUGGCUGACGAAGAAAUUGAUUCUUUAAGGACUCGUGUGGAAGAAUUAGUUAUCAAGAACGAAAGAACAAUAACUGCUGAAGAAAUGGUCGCUAUGCCUACUGUUCCUGGUUCUCCUACUUCCCAAAUGUCAAAUGUUUCUUCUAAUCCAUCAUCAGUUUCAACUACACCAUUAUAUUUCCCAAAAAUUAUGAAUAUGUUUAGACAAUCUUCUAUUCCAACUCCAAUAUUAAACCAACAGUAUCCUACUUCUAAUUCUUCGCAUUAUCAACAACAUAAAAAACCACCAGUUCCCGUUGUAAAAAAUAAUGAACCGAAUUUUACUACUGAAUUUCCACCCUCACAACAAUCUACGACUAAUAAUAAUGCUGAUUUCACAUCACAUUUAUCAAGUUCAAUUAUUGACAAUAUUGAACCAUCGUCACAAUCUAUUUAUGCUACAUUUAAUAAUGUAAUAGCCUCUAAUUCGCCAUCGAGUUCAUCACAAAUUAAGGAUAAUGAAAUAACAACAGAAACACUUUCGCAAUUUCCACCAAAUUCACUACAGAUUAAACAUAACGGAAUAACAUCUGAAGUUCUUUCUCAAUCACCACCAACUUCGACUCUUUUGAAUAAUAUUGUUAUACCAUCCAUACCUUUAAUACCUAAUCCGCAAUUAAUAAACAAAUUUGAUAUACCAUCUAUCCCAUCAUCACCACCUCCGUCAGUAGCUGGCAGUCCACCACCACCACCUCCAAGUGAGGUUUCUUUACAACCUAUAUUGAAAGAAGAUUGUAGUUCAAUAAAUCAUACCUCCGCUGUGUAUGAUAAUUCUCCUAUCAAAGCUCCUCUUAAUAAUCCAAAAGGACCUUUAAAACAACUAUUUUGGAGUAAAAUUUCAAAUCAUGAAGUUAAUAAUACCGUUUGGAAGGAUAUUCAGGAUGAAGAUAUCCCAAUGAAUACUAAUGAGUUGGAUGAGUUAUUUAGUAAGACAGUUGCUGUUACAUCUGAAAAUGGCAUAAAGGUUUCAGUUAAAGCUACAGUUACAACAUUACUGGAUUUUAAUCGUGCUAAUAAUAUUGCUAUUAUGUUAGCUCGAAUUAAAAUGCCGUAUUCAGAGAUUAAAGAUGCUAUAUUAGAAUUGGAUGAUGAAAAAUUAUCGAUAGAAAAUCUUAGAUCAAUUAAACAAUAUGUACCUAGUAGCGAAGAGAUUGAAUUAUUAAAGGAAUAUGAUGGCGAUUUAUCAGCUUUGGGUAAUGCAGAAAAUUAUUUUAGGGAAAUAAUGAUCAUUCCACGUAUGUCAGAGAGAUUGAAUUGCAUGAUUUUUCGACGAAGGUUUGAAAUUGAAGUGCAAGAAUUAUUACCUGAAAUAACCAUGUUACACGAGGCAUAUGAAGACCUUAAAAAUUCACCAAAAUUUAAGAGGUUACUAAAGACUGUAUUAGCUAUUGGUAAUUAUUUGAAUGCUAAGUCAUUUAGAGGAAAUGCUUCAGGAUUUCAAUUAGAUGCACUACUCAAGAUGAGAGAUACAAAGGCCACAGAAAAUAACUCAAAAGGAACUGCUACUCUUUUGCAUUAUUUAGCAUUCACCAUUGAAGCGAAUCAGAAAGAACUUAUUACAUUCAUGGAUGAAUUACCACAUGUGGAAGCAGCAGCAAGAGUAUCUGUUGUAACUGUAAUGUCAUCAGUAACUUCUUUAGUCACUGGAGUUUCACAGAUUAAAGAAGAAAUGCGCGUUCUUAAACGAAUAAGACUUAUUCCAGUAAAUGAUAGAUUUUUAGAAGUGAUGGAUGAUUUUGUUAUACAAGUGGAGUCCACAAUUAAAAGGAUCCAGGAAACAGCCACAAAUUUGGAUAAUGAGUUAAAGCAAAUGUUAAUUUAUUAUGGAGAGGAUCCAAAAUCAAUAAAACCCGAAGACUUUUUUGGAUUAAUUGUUUCAUUCUCAUCGUCUUUAAUGAAAGCACGUAAAGAGAAUGAAGAUGCUCGAAAGAAAACGAAUAAAAAACCAUCAGAUGCGAUUAGCAUUGCUUCAUCAAAUGACGCGCAAGGCGAUUUCGAUGAUGCAAUUCGUGAACUUCGAUCAGGUCUUAAACGUAAUCGUGGUAGGCCUGUAUCAAAAGUAUUUUUGGAAAUCACUGAAGAACAAAAUUUCUAA